UUUGACUAUCUACUCAACACGUACGAGAACAUUGCCACGGCGUUUGAAUCAGUUGACUACGAAGCUUACAACACACCUGAAGACCACCUUGCAAUCAACGUACGCGCUGGCUGGAAUAAGCUAGAUGAAUACCACAGCAAGCUCGCUGACUUGCCGUACUACUACAUUGCCACACUCCUCCACCCGUACUAUAAGCGAUACUAUGAGAACGCG